AUAAGCGUCGUAAUUCGUAAUAGAAUCAUCUGGACAUUGGACAUACGACAGUGAAGCUUGGCAAGAAAACUUGUGUAUCGUGCAAAAUAAAUAGUUUUUGUGGAUUUUUACGAAUACAUAUUCACAUUUUAUUCCCAAUUGAGCAAUAUAAAUAAAUAUCCAAUAAUGUAUAAAGUAUAUUUGCAAAAUGACGACUCUUCCGUUAAAGUAGUUCGAAAGUUUGGUCUUCAGUCUAGUUCAGAGAUUCGGGGUAUGAGGGCUCAUUAUUAUGGUAUUCAUAAUUAUAAGUAUGAUUUUAAUAAGCUCUGCCAAAAAAUCGUAUCAAUAUUCCCGGAAUUAUCUAAUAAAAAGUUCACCAUUACUUGGAAAGAUGCUGAUGGUGAUAAAAUCUUAAUAUCGUCUGAUGAAGAAUUACUAAUUGCUGAGGAAGAAAUGAAACAUGCUAAGAAAAUAUAUGUCAAACCUUUUUCAUCUAAGCAACAAGUACCAAGUUCUGAGAAAGAUAAAGCAGUACAUUUUGGCGUAUAUUGUGAUGGUUGUGAUAAUGACAUAACUGGAUUUAGAUACAAAUGUAUUCAAUGUGAAGAUUAUGAUUUAUGUGCACAAUGUGAGACAGCGCAGAUACAUUCACAUCAUUUUAUGAUCCGUAUGUCACAACCAUUAGAAUCGCAUCAUACUCGAAGUUUGUUUUACCAUUUGAGAAAAGUUCUGAAAAAGAAUGGUGUGAAUUUUAAUAAAAAACAUACUUCUGAUGAAAAUAAAUCCCAAUGUAUUCAUUGUAACGCUUAUCCUUGGUUGGGAAUUUAUGCACCAUAUUUCAAUAAUUUUAUUGAUACACUAUUAGAAGCACAUACUGUUGAUCCAGAAUCUUGUAAGAGUCACAAACCUGAAGAAAGAAGAGAAUCUAAGGAUGAUACAUGUAUAGAUGAAAAUAAUUCCAGAAAAUUUCCUGGAGAAGGAAGGAAGUUACUUGAUAAUGCAAAGGGCGAUAAAGAAUCAGUUUCAGAUGUUGCAUCAAUAGCAAGUCAAGAUAGUGCUAGUACAAAGGUAGCAGCAGAUGAAUGGACUAUUAUAGAUAAAAAUGACACUACUGAAGUUAAUCAAACAUCUUCAGCUUCAUCCAAUAUGAAUGAAACUGGUAUGAAACAGACCUGUUCCUCUGCAACGGCACCACCAUUAGCAUCACAGGGAUCUUCAGCUGAAACAAUUUACCCUGAAUUACCAAGAGAAAUCAAUUGCCAAGAAAUAUAUCAUGAAAAUCCAAAAAUUAAUGAAGCUGUUAAAGCUAUGAUAAAGAUGGGAUUCUCAAAUCAAAGUGGAUUAUUGACUUAUUUGUUGGGUGUUGAAGAUGGUAAUAUUGAUAAUGUCUUGGAGAUAUUGCAACCUACAAAUAAAUGAAUAUAAAGUAUGACAUUUAA